AUGGCUGAAGCAAGUACAAGUCAGUCACCUAUCCAGCAGAUCCAUCAGCUACAGCACCCAGAACAGCAGUCACAGCAGCAGCAGCAGCAGCAGAUAUCACCUCAGCCCACAACUCCGUUACAUCCUUUCCAAUGUACGGUCUGCCUGAGGAGGUUCACCAGACAUGAGAACCUCAAACGACAUGCACACAGACAUCGCAAGCCAGAAGAGGAAGUCAAAUAUGCUUGUAAUCACUGCAACAAGGUGUUCGCGAGGAGUGAUCUGCGUAGAAGACAUAUACGGAAAAAACAUCCAGAAUUCGCUCCUAGUCCACUGCCUUCUCAAAGAUCCAACAGUCAAAGCAAUAUCAUCGUGGCUGCUACGGUUGACCAUCACUUACGAUGGUUCCUGACCUACCUUGACAAAACUCAGGAUGUGACGAAGGAAGCACCUUGGAUGGCCAUAUACUCCUUCAAAGCGGUUUUGAUCGCCUACCAACAAGUUUCGUCUGGGAACAAUGAUCCAUUGAAUACAUUAGGUUUAUCCAAUUCCGAUGAUAUGCUAGAGUGGAUCAAAGGGAUAUUCGAAAAGAGGUCGUAUUGGUCUGUGGGGAAGAUAGUACUGGAUAUUUUGGGAGAACUGGAUCAUGAUGAUUAG